AUGCUCUCAUGCUUCAUGAAUUCUCAUCGGAAGCUCUUGGUCGUCGUGAAGUGUCCAGUUAUCUUACAGCUAUAUCUAAUCCAGCGAAAUUUGUUCUGGAUCUAGUGGACAGACAGCUUAGAACUGCUUAUCGAAGACAAAAGCUGGGGUUACAAGACUCGGUCGUGAAGAACUUGGUUCUGUUUUUUGAGGAGCUCGCAAGAAUUAGAGGAUCAGAAAAUCCUCAAAUGCAGUUGAAGGCCGAAGAGUUGGCGAGUAUAUGGAAAGAGAAUAUAACAAUCGAAGCUCCUAGUUCAUCUCAUGAGGCUUUGGCUUUCUUGUUAUUCAUUAUGGCAUUUGGAUUGAAGAGCUUGAUCAAUGAAGAGGAGACUGCGCUACUUGUCUCGUCUGUUUUUCAUUACACACAAGGUCCAAAACUGUUUCACUUCUUUGGUCUCAAACGUAAAAUCCCAGAAUUUGUUAGAGAUCUCAUAAAGAAUCAUCAGUACAUACCUGCGGUCCGGAUAAUAUGUUUGCUCAAGCUUAAAGACUUUUCAGCCACAACUCUUCUUAUGAAAGAGAUCACCGUUUUGAGACACUCUGCCAUGGGAAAAGUUAAAAACAAGGAUGUUGGAAGAUUGAGAGCCAUCGUUGAACUUGUAGCAGAUUAUAAGCUUGACAUUGAUCUCCCAGGGGAACUUAUUGCCAAGCUCAUGUUUCUGAGAGAGAACUCAACACCACCUGAGCUUCACUGCUCUGUUGAAGUUGCAGAAGCUACAAGUUCAGGUGUGGAUCUUCUGGUCCCUAAACGUGAAACUAAACCCUUCGUGAACCCUAUCAAGCAAUUUUAGUUGCUGAUAUCAGAUACCGGCGUGUGUAAAAAGGUUAAAUAAUGUAGUAGCUUUUGCUAGAUCUCUUAGACCCAUCAAAGGAAUCGAUUCAUUAGCAUCCUUUGUGUUGCUUUGGUAAACUUGUUCUGCUUUGGUUAUUGUUAUAUAUCUAUGCUUAGCACA